CGCUCCAUGCAACAUUGCUGAGAGUCCUUCCUGUUUUACAAAAUUACAAGGAAGCUGCAACAACUGGAUAGUCGCAUACCCUGCUAAUGGAUUCACCUCAGUGAUCACUGAGAGGAAAGGACCCAUGCUCUUUCAUUUUUGUGCUGCGACACCACCCCUGUUCGUAUUGUGGAUCAUCAUGGCCCAGGUUGCUGGCCAGGAGGAUAGAGAGAAAACUACUGCACUGAAAGAUUUGCUGUCAAGAAUAGACUUGGAUGAACUGAUGAAGAAAGAUGAACCUCCUUUCGCUUUCCCCAAAACCUUGGAGGAGUUUGAAUAUGCCUUUAAUGAAUAUGGCCAGCUCCGCCAUAUAAAAACGGGUGAACCCUUUGUGUUCAAUGCCAGGGAGGAUCUCCACCGCUGGAACCAGAAACGCUAUGAAGCUCUUGGAGAGAUCAUCACUCAGUAUGUUUAUGAGCUGUUGGAGAAAAAGUGCAACAUGACUAAAGAAACCCUGCCAGUGGAUGCCACAGAAGAUGAACCCACCGGUUUUAUCUACCUCAGCCCAGAUGCCUUAUCCAACCCAUCUAAGCUGCUGGUGCUGAUCCAGGGCAGUGGUGUGGUGCGGGCUGGUCAGUGGGCCCGUAGGCUAAUCAUCAACCAGGACUUGAACUCAGGGACACAGAUCCCCUUCAUUGAAAGAGCCAUGCAGGAGGGCUAUGGCGUGAUGGUGCUCAACCCCAAUGAGAACUAUUUGGAAGUGGAAAAAUCGACAAAGUCUCCCCUGCCCUCUCCGACGGAGACCUCCGACGAACCCGCUGAAAAGAGGGAGCGCAAAGACGAUAAAGAGGGCAAAAAGAAGAAGGAAUUUUAUGAGAAAUACCGUAACCCACAAAGAGAGACUGAGACAGAACGGAUUCCUAUACGAGAAAACGGCUCCUCAGAGGAACAUGUGCUGUACGUGUGGGACCACUUUGUGUCCAGAGCCGCAGCCAAGAAUGUCUUCAUCAUGGCCCAUAGCUAUGGAGGACUGUCUUUCGUUGAGCUGAUGAAUCAGAGGGAAUCAGAGGUGAAAAACAAAGUAUGUGCCGUGGCUCUGACUGAUUCUGCUCACAACAUCUGGCUACAGGAGACCACAAAGAGCACACAGGACUGGAUGCAGGAGCACUGUCGUAACUGGGUAUCAAGUCCAGAGCCCUUGGACACAACACUGGAGCCCAUGAUGCCAGACUGCCCCAGAGUCUCUGCAGGCACAGAGAGGCAUGAGCUGACUUCCUGGAUGAGUUUCGACUCUAUCUUCAGGUUCUUCAGUGAGUUCCAUGCAAAAGAAGGCGAGGAGGCAGAGGAGACUUCCAACUCUGUCACCACACGCAGUGGCUCCCACAAAAACAGGCACCAAGAUUUGUAGAGAACCAUCAACAGUGACUCGAAACAAGAGGAGAUUUGGGGAGGGGGGCAGAGGUUAAAGUGCAGAAAAGGUCCUCUGAUAUUUUUUUUUUAAAUUUUCUCUCUCUUCCUCUGUAACCUCCUACCAGAUUUCCUUCCCCACUGUUUUCCCCGAGUGUCAUUUCUUCCUCCCAGCCUUUCCUGACUCUGCACACGCAUAGCCUUCUUGUUGUAAGAGACAAGAGUACAGGGUCACUGUGUAUACAUCACAAUAACGUUUUGCAUUACUUCUGGUUGAGUGCAACUGUCAAAGCAAUAUGGGCCUGAGUGUUAGUGCUUCCCGUGGGCUGUGGCCUGGCUGCGGGUACGGGCCACAGCAGCAGAGAUUAAGGUUGACAGGCGCUGUGCACAAUGCGCUGUGGUGCACCUCUAAUUGUCCUGACAUCAGCCUGAACUGAGCUAAUGCCCCGCCUGCCCUCCAGUCUGCACCGCUCAGUCUCCUCUCCAUCAUCCCCCCCGGUCCUAAAGCCUGGACCACUCACCCUGAAAUUAGCUCAUGCCGUGUGGUACGUUGUGGUAAGUUUGGUAUCAUUUCAGUUUUUUUAAUCCUGUACCGACCGCAAGUAUUUUUUUAAUAAGAGUGAAUACUCUUAACUCAUUUGUUUAACAGCAGUUGUUUUGAUUGCUUCAUAUUUAUUGUUUGACUCAUCCACACACAUAAUCAAAGAAAACUUUUAAACCUCAUUUUUCUCAUUCAGAUUUGUGAGUGUGAUUCUAACCUGUUUCUUUUUUUCUUUUCCUUUUUUUUUGGAAUUGCAGUUAUUAUAAUAAGAGAGACUUUUUGUAAUUUCUGAAAUUUGAAGGCAGUGUCUCAUACAGACACUAUGACUAUGAUUUUAUUUUUUAAUAUUAAGCCAAUAUUUUCUCAGCACAAGUAAGUGAGUAAGUGUUUACUUUAGUGUAUCUAUGAGUUUGAUUUGCAAAAGUGUGGCGAGCUCAUUUCUCUGGUUAUUAUAAAUAUAUAUACUUUUUCCUUUUUUUCCAGUUUGAUAUCCUUGAAAUUGAUGUCUGUGGCUGAUUGGAUGUGAUGAAACAAAUAAAACAAACACAACCUGUUCUGAAUAUGGAAAAUUCAGGACACUGAGCAUAUUUAAAAUCAUUUAAAGUCAGGCAUCAAAAUGGGUUCGAGAGAUAUCUCAUUUUAACGGGAGCCAGAAGUCAGCUCACAACACUCAUAAAGCCUCAAUAUAUUGCCUUACACAUGUCAUGAAAUCCAAGAUUUCAAUAUUAUUCUAAGCCGGAAUGAUAUUUCCUUAGAUGUUGGAGAAAUGUAACAUAUCAGUUUUUUUCCUCACACCAAAGUACUCUUCUUGUGUACUUAGAAGUGACAAAGUCAGCUCCCUGCUCAGCUGCAUAUAAUCUGACUGUGUGACUUAAACAUGAUCUUUUUUUUUCCAUAAAGCUGGUAUGUUUUAUAAAGCACUCAAGGCUUAAUGGAGUACAUUUCUAAUGUGUCAUGGCAUUAGUAAACCCCCAAAUUGCAUACUAAAUCAUAUGAUACCUUAGACACACAUUCUCAAACAUUCCUACCCUUUUCUAUCCUUUUUUUAAACAGUUUCCAUUGUUAAACUUCCACACUGAACACUGAAAUCCUGCCUUUUCUGCCCACUGUGUGUAUGGUUGAAGGCUUUUGUGGAUUAUCUUUCUGCUGUAAUGAGACAAGUGCGGCUGAUGGUUGCAGGCCUAAUUUCCUUUUAAUUUGAUUUAGAUCUCUCCAGGUUUCAGCAAAAGAAGUUGGCUUAUUAUUUGAUUUGAUGAGUUUCAUUUCAAGAUAUCUUUGCUCAUCUUUCUCCUUUUCAACUAUGAUCAGUUCAUUUUUCACUCUACAAUUUGUAUAUUGUUGCCUUAGGAAUAAACAAGAUUCUGCUCACUGUUUUUUUUUUUUUUUUAAUAAUAUCCAGCAAGCCAUAUGUGAAGGGAACUAAAGAUGUAAGAGCAGCCUAAAUCCAAAGCACAGUUUGGAAAUAAAAGGGGAAUAUUUUUCGCCAAUUGUUCUUGAAGUCAUUAUUUUUUGCAGAUGGUUUAUUAUUUGUUGCAUUGGAUUGAGAAACACGCCUAUUUUGUUUAAUCACAGCACAAGCUUUUUGGUUUUAUGAAACUGAAAGUUUCCUGCCAGGUUUCAUUUUUUUUCUUGUAUUCUCAAAUAGUUUCAUUCUCUUUUGAUCCAUUUCAGUUUUGAAGGUCUUAAUUAUUUUCAACGCUUCUGCAGCACAGCAAUUACUGUACUUUUACAUGAUUUCAUUGUUGUAAUAACCCAUUAAAACAAAGCAAAUAAACUUUAAAUCUUGAUUUUUAAA